UCUCGCGCACAGCACAGCGCACACACCACCCACCACUCUCCCUCUUCCUACUUGUCCACCUCUCUCUGACUCUCUCUGUUGCGUUGCAAUCUGCUCUCUCCCUGGUCAACCCCCUUGCCGCGCGUCGGGAUGGAUCCGUCCGCCGCCGUGUCCGUGUUGUCGAUCGUCGAGGAGGCGGCGUCCCGCGGGAAGUCGCCCGUGCCGCCGCCGCCGUCCCCGCCUAGGAUGGACUCGUGGGGCGCUCGUGGGGGCCGCGGAUCCAGGCGCCGCGGACCCGGGAGCGGGAGCGGAAGCUUGGGCGGCGGCGGCGCCGAGUCCGAGGAGGAGUACCUCGCGCUCUGCCUCCUCAUGCUCGCGCGCGGCGUCCGCGGCGACGGCGAUGGCGACGUCAAGGGCGCGGGCGCGGCGGCUGGGGCGGCGGCGACGAAGGGGUACGAGUGCUCGGUGUGCGGCAAGGUGUACGCGUCCUACCAGGCGCUGGGCGGGCACAAGACGAGCCACCGCAAGCCGCCAGCGCCAGCGCCAGCGGCGUCCGAGGAGGCGUCCGGCGGUGCCGCCGUCGCCGCCGCCGCCGCCGAGGCCAAGGUGCACCGCUGCUCGCUCUGCCUCCGCACGUUCCCGUCGGGGCAGGCGCUGGGCGGGCACAAGCGCCUGCACUACGAGGGCGGCUCCGCUGCAGGCGACGGGACCAAGGAGGGCGCCGGCGUCAAGGCGAAGGCCGCGGCCGCGUUGCUGAGGGACUUCGACCUGAACCUGCCCGCGGCCGCGCCGAGUACUACUGCCGGCGGCGACGACGCCGAGGCCGAGAGCGCGCCCCCGGAGGCCAAACGGGCGCGGCUACAGGUGCUUCUAGCUGCAGUCUGAUCAGUGGCGGCGGCGGCGCGAUUAAGGUUUUUGCUUCUCUUUAAUUAGGAGCGAUUUCGCUCUAGGUUUUGGUUGCCAAUUGGUUGGUUGGUUAAUGGAUUGCUUCAUUCGAGUCGGAAUUGUGAGAUGGGAUCAAAGGAUAGGUGUUGAUAUGGUAAGCAUUGGCGCUGGCGUGGCUGGGUGGUAUACCAAAUUUUACCUGUCCAUGUGUUUGACUCUGGCCGUUGGAUUAACAAUCCGACGGCUAGCUGGGAUAGGACUUGCUUUCUUCUGUAAGUCUUGUUUAGACCCUUGGUCAAAACUAUAUGAAGAAACUUUUGGCUUACCUUUUUCAA